AGGACAGGACACAAUAUGGCAGUCGUAUAUUGGUUCUCCAAGAUGGCGUCGUUGGGAAGGAGGCGCGGUGUCCCAGUCAACAGGGAGAGGGGAGUGAUGGCGGCAACGGACUGCUACAUCGUUCACGAGAUCUACAACGGGGAGAAUGCGCAGGACCAGUUUGAGUAUGAGCUGGAGCAGGCACUGGAGGCCCAGUACAAGUACAUUGUGAUCGAGCCCACACGCAUUGGCGACGAGACGGCCCGCUGGAUCGCCGUGGGCAACUGCCUGCACAAGACGGCCGUCCUGUCGGGCACCGCCUGCCUCCUGACGCCGCUCUCGCUGCCGCCUGAGUACUCGCGCUACGUGGCACUGCCCGCUGGUGCCCUCAGCGUGGCCUGCUCCACCCUCUACGGAAUCUCCUGGCAGUUCGAUCCCUGCUGCAAGUACCAGGUGGAGUACGAUAGCCAAAAACUCUCGCGGCUGCCCCUGCACACACUCACCACCUCCACGCCAGUGGUUCUGGUGCGCAGGGACGACAUCCACAGAAAGAGACUCCACAACACGAUAGCGCUGGCCGCCCUGGCCUACUGCGCCAAGAAGAUCUACGAACUCUAUGUAGUAUGAGCAUACUCUGAAGAGGGUUAAACAAAUCAAAUAAAAAAUCAAAUAAAAAAAAAUAUAGCAGGAAAAGAAUCCACCCAGUAGUAAGCCAAGUGGAAGCCAUGUGCUGAGUCGAGAGUUUGCCCCUAACCCCCUCCACCCCACCUCACUUCCACGGGCGCUUACUUUUGGGCUGUUUGAUGGAUCAGAGGGAUAGAGUUCAAACUAGAAGGAAUUAUUUUUCCCUUAUUUUCUUUACUUGUAAGUGACAUCACCAGUGCACUUAUCCAUAUGGUACCCUUGCGCCUCUUCCCAAUCCCUGUACCCCUCUCAAUACACUAAGUUAGGGCACAAGGGUAGCUAAGUAAAAAGAUUUAGACUGAAUUGUGUUGCAGUUGAAACGGACAGGCUUAAGUAUUACCAACAUGUCUAUUCCUUGUAGUUUUACUGUACCCCUUUCUUGCUGAUCAGUAUGUCACCCUUUCAUUAAACAUUAGGAUAUUUCAAACUCUCA